GAGAACUUACCCACCUCGCGACAUUCGUAAUCAACGUCACAACCUUCCGUUUAAAACUCUAGAAUGCCUUCAUCAAUAGCACCUGAAAAGAAAAUUAAUAGCGGCUGCUUUAAAGAAUUAGCCCGACAUCCUUUGCUCAGAAACACCAGCCUGACACAGUGUCUAUAAUACGACUACUUACACUGCUUACCUCUCUCUCCAUUUAACUCAUACACCAACACAGCUGUAUCAGCCAGCAUAACCACCAAACCAUUUGCAGCUCCAACAAUGGCCCCAACCAAAAUAGCAAUUCUGGACGACUACCAAGGGGUCGCUGAUCCCUUCUUCAAGAAACUCGACCCAUCCAAGUAUGAAGUCGUGUCUAUCAAGGAUACGUUGCUGCCUUACAACCACCCAGACAGCUCACAAUCAAACAAGGAUGCUCUAGUUGAGAGAUUCAAGCCCUUCGAUGUUAUCUGCACGAUGAGGGAGCGCACGCCCUUUCCGCGAGAGUUGAUCGAGCAACUCCCCUCACUCAAGCUUCUCCUCACCACAGCAUUUCGCAACAGAUCCCUGGACCUAGAUACCCUCAAAGAACGAGGGAUCCCAGUUGCCGGAACAGUCGAUAAGCCCCGUGGCGGCAAGCCGGUGCUCGCUGGCACGGGCAGCACCACUCAACACUGCGUCACUCUCAUCCUCUCGCUCGCUCGCGGCAUCGCCAGGGAUGACGCCGCUGUCAAGGAGGGACUGUGGCAAACUGGUCUCGCGACUGAUCUCUCAGGAAAAACUUUGGGUGUCCUCGGCCUCGGGAGAUUGGGAAGCGCAGUCGCGAGGAUUCUCAACGUCGCAUUGGGUAUGAAGAUUAUCGCGUGGAGUAGCAACCUCACACAGGAGGCGGCAGAUGAGAAGGCCAGGGAAGCUGGUCUUCAUGUCGAGGAUGGGGAGGGUGAGAAGACGUUCAAGGUGGUAAGCCGAGAUGAGUUCUUCAGAAAUGCCGACGUGGUGUCUGUCCACCUUGUCCUGUCUGAUAGGACACGCGGCAUAGUCAACAAAGAGGACUUGGCAAAGAUGAAGUCGACAGCCUUGUUUGUCAAUACCUCUCGCGGCCCCCUCGUCGUGGAGAGAGAUCUUCUCGAUCAUCUCAAGGCUGGCCGUAUCAGGGGCGCAGCUGUCGAUGUCUUUGAGCCGGAACCUCUCCCCGCCGACAGUGAGUGGCGCAACAAGAACUGGGGCCGCGAUGGAUCAAGUCAAGUUCUGGUCACCCCUCACAUGGGCUAUUGUGAGGAGGACACCAUCAAGUCGUGGUAUGAGCAACAAGUUGAGAACAUCGAGCGAUGGGCUGCCAACGAGCCGUUACACAAUGUGUUCACCUAGGUAUGAUCGGCGAAAGAGAAAAGACAAGGACAAGGCUUCUGGAAGAUGCUUAUGUGCAGGACCGAGUUUCAUCUCAACGGCAGAGGCAAAAGCAAAUCUGAGCAAACAAGCACAACUGCAUACAUCCAUGACCUUGACAGUUCAUCGUGAUAGGCUCUAUAGUCGAAACAAUGGGAACGGAUCCUUUGAUAUGCAUGAGACUGCAGUUGGUGAUCGGCGUGUUGGGACGGGCCUACCCGUUGCAUCCCUGAUGAUACGACGGCCCCGGAUUUAUUGAUAUGCGUAUGAAUAUCUGUUUCGUUGAAUUUACACCGAAUUGAAGCCUUGGACCCACGGUGAUAGUCGUGGAUCAAAUGACUUACAUGCCCUUGGCUGUAGAUCAUGGCCCCAUGAGUUCUCUCGUGGAUUGACUCGACGCAUCCCCGUUCCUUCAGGCUGGAAUGCAUGUCCUGAUUCAUAGACUUGCAGAGGUGAUGUGGUUGACGGGUAUCAUGUUCACAGGCGAGGAUCCGCAAUGUUUCAGACCUCGACUUCUGUAUACUCUCCAAUGAUGCUUGGUAUCGUUGUUGAUAUCCUGGGUCGAAAUGACUAUCACAUAGUCCUGGCAACUAUUUGUUCCGUGAUACGAUUAACGAAUGAUUGAUAGUCUUUGCCGCC